UGGGACCUGCAAGUUAACAAAGGAAUAGAACAUCGAAACGUAUUAGAUCACAGAGUAUACAAUACGACGUUUCUCGUCAUUUGUUUUGUUUCUUUGACAGGGAAAAUUCAGAAAAAACUUUCCAGUUCAGUUCAUUCAUUUGGUUAACAUAAAAAUUCUUGAAAAAAUGCUACUCUGGACCUAUUACUGUAACAUUUAAAACCUCAGGCUUCGUUGUAUGGAAGCUCGCACAUUGGUAAAAUUUCAUAAUGAUCGGCAAAGUUGUCACUAAGUUUAUACAGUCAUUACCAUCAUGGGAAGUGACAAAAUAUUACGGAAGAGUGUGUAUGUAUCAAAUAAAAUGCUUAAAAUAUAAAUUUCAAACAAGCGAGGCAUGGUUUAAUUUUAAGUGCAAGUUUAUGCCAGGUAGUUUGCGUAACGAACUCGAAUGCGAGGAAUCUAUCGAAAAAAAGGUCAAACCCCAGUCUAAACAGCAGGUGAAACCUGGGACUAUAAAAUCGGAAACUAGUUUCAACGACGUUAUAAGAAAUGCUAAACGAAGCAAGAAAGGAAAUAAAAAGUAUCAAGAAGAUGACAAAUUUACUAUGCCGGAAGACUGUAUCCCGCAAAAAAAGAGGAAGGCCAAACGUGCUCAAUAAUUUCUACGAUGGAUCAAGACUUUUCGACCCGAAACUCUGUCAAUUUUUAGACCAAUCUCAUUUGCAACCAUUUAUCUUUUAUUUGUAUUUUUAACAUUAAAUAAAGCUUGAUAUUGAACGAAA